AUGUGGAGUGAUCCUGUUCAUCAAGUUUCUUAUCUGGGUAUUGUGACCACGUUCGUCAAUGAUCAAUUCGAAUAUCGAUCGUAUCAUCUUUGCUGUUGUCCAUUUGAAGAGGAAGACAAAACUUCCAAAAGUAUCACUUCACCACUGCAAAAAAAGAUUAAACGAUUUGGUGUUGACGAUAUCUCGUUUGUUAAAUUCGCAAGCGAUCGUGGCCCUAAUUUUGUUAAAGCAUUGAAGAAUUAUACUUCUUAUUUUUGUUUUGGACAGCGACUGAACGAUAUUCUCGUGAUGUGCUUCUAUCAGAAUGAGCCAAUCAAGGUCCAAAUACGCUCUUCUACCGGUUCCAUGAAUGGAAAUAUAUUUAGUUCAAAGGACUUCAUUGAUAGUUCAAUUGCAGGUGAUGAUAUAGCGUUUGUUGAAAUAUCAAAGACCAAUGUCAAGGAUCUUCCUAAUUUUGCACGUGAGGUUUUGAAAACAUUGAAUAAUUGUAAAGAUAUAGUCAAAUACGUUAAAUUAGUAAGUUAA